CUUCAACAAGAAAAUGUAUUCAUUUCCGGUUUCCAAAAGAAGAUAGAUAUUUUAUAUAUUUCCAAUUCAAGCUGCAGAAGAAGCAGAUGAUCUUUAAGUAUGUAACUUUUGGUGUACUGGUUGAUCUAAGAAAAGGCUUUUGCAGGAAAAGCUGAAUGAGUGAACGAUCUAUGCCCUCGCUCUGCAGGUGCUCCAUGAUCAGCUGGGCAGACCCGGUCUGAAACACUUUAGAGUGAUUGUGUUUUAAAAAUUAAACGCAUGGGCGUUUUAAUGUUCGAUGACAUGAAAACAAAUUUGUUAAGCUUUAGCAAGUAAAAAUGGGAAAUAAACACUCGUGUUGUGUUUAUACACGUCCGUCCAAAGGUAGCAGAAAGCCUCAAGAUGUGUAUGGUUAUGAGGAGCAGCCAGGGAUAGAUGUACAUUUAACCCCUAACAACAGAAGCACCACCUCUCUUCCGGGAGUCCCACACAUCAGUGACAGGGAAAACUAUCCAGAAGAUGUAAAGGAGGAUCCUACAUCAGAUCCCAGUUUAAGGCCGCUGUUUCCAUCUAGAUCACAGAGCGAAAUAAGCAAGAAUGUUAGGCACAGAUCUAGAUCAAAAAACAACAAGAACAGAAGGAAGUCUCAUUAUGAUAACAGAGUGUUACAAAUACAGAAUACGCCAGUACUGCGAAAGUACAGCUCUUGUUCAACAAUAUUUAUUGAUGAUUCCACUGUCAGUCAACCAAACCUCAAAAACACAAUAAAAGCCGUGGCCUUCGCCAUUUACUUUCAUAUACGAAACCGAGAGAGUAACAGAACAUUGGAGAUCUUUGAUGAGAGACUUCACCCUUUGUCUCGAGACCAAGUGCCAGAAGAUUAUGACCGACGAGACCCGGAACAUAAACAUAUUUAUAGAUUUGUUCGGACUCUAUUUAGUGCAGCUCAGCUGACUGCAGAAUGUGCAAUAGUUACCCUGGUAUACUUGGAGAGGUUACUUCAUUAUGCAGAAAUUGAUAUUAUGCCUGCGAACUGGAAGCGUAUUGUCUUGGGUGCCAUACUCCUGGCGUCCAAGGUGUGGGAUGACCAAGCAGUGUGGAAUGUAGACUACUGCCAGAUCCUCAAGGACAUUGCUGUGGAGGACAUGAAUGAUCUUGAAAGACAGUACCUAGAAAUGUUACAGUUCAACAUUAAUGUGGGAUCAAGUGUGUAUGCCAAGUACUACUUUGACCUGAGGGCACUUGCUGAUGCCAAUGAUCUUAGCUUCCCACUAGAACCACUCAGUAAAGACCGAGCCCUCAAACUAGAGGCGAUGUCUAAUGAAGAUGGUAUAGAGAGGAUCAACCAAAAACCGACCCUGGUUCGUUCCAACAGUUUAGAUGGCAUGACAGCCAACCCACGAUUAAGUGUCGCUAUAAUCUCAUAACCGCAGUAGUCAAGCUUAACAAGCACAACGAAUAUGUAACAAAUCUUUUCAUUUAAGUUACAGAAGUAUGAGCUUUUGGAAUAAUUGUGCAAUAGUUUUGGAAAUUUCUACAUUGCUCAUGUGAUAAAGAUUCAAGUUUAAAUUUCCAUUUAUUAAAUUUUACAGUGUAAACAGUGAAAUCUCCUAUAUUUACCCCCUAAUCAGUAGAAGUCAUUUUUUCUCUAAACAGUAUAAUGAUCCCAGUUUUAAGAGAGAAAAGGAAAAAAAUGGUAAAAAAUGGUAAAGAUGCCUUUUUUAUACACAUGGUAUUUCGCUCUUUAGAAAGCAUAAUGGUGUGCAUAGGUUCCGUCUUAUUUGGUUGACGGUAAAAUUUUGAUAAUUCUACUCUUCUGAUAAAAGUAUUCUAUCCAAAAAAAAUUUUUUUUGUUAGCAUUCUUGCUCAAACUAGGUUCAGCCUAACAUCUAUACUUCAUAAAGUACACCACGAAAUACAUGUAUGAUAAUCCAGGUACACAAGUAUUGAAGGUGUUCUGAAGAUUUUAUGUGAUAAUGUACAAUGUAAAUCAAAGUCCCAUGAAUCAAAUUCUGGAGAUUUUUUUUGUGCUAUGUACCAUAAAGUUGUAGAGUUUAUGUAGCUAUAUUCCUUCUCCCAACUUUGAUAGUUUUUAAAACAAAUUGCAUCAACAUUGAUCAUUAAUGUUCAGCAGAAAAAGACUCUUUUGAUUUCUAGAACAAAAUUCUAUGAUUUAGACAACAUUAAUAAAUGCUACUAAAAUAGGCCGAUUUAUGGUUCAUACAAAUGUAGUAGAUUUUAUUUUCAGAAUUGGUGCUGAUUAUGUGCUAUAAUUUAUUGAUUGGGAUUUGUGUAACAAAAUCCUCUUCCCAAUUUACAAAAUAAAACCAGGUCUCCAUUUCAUUGAUACGUAUAACUAGUAAAUAUAACAGUAAUCACAAUCUCAGAAGAUCUCAUCUGAAUCAAAAACAUUCAUCGUAAAACCACAGAAUAGUAAGUAUAGGAAAUAAUCGUACAAAUGUUUGUCGUGGUUUGUCUAUAUCCUGUAUGUACCUAAUGAACUCUGUCUUAAAAGGAAAGGCAGGUCUGCAUAAUCCUGUUGGAGUUAAAUCAAGAGAAAAUAUUUCUUUUGUAAGAAUCUCAUGAACACAUGAUCUUAUUAUAAAGCCUGUGUUGGAUGCUCUGUUUUGUGUCCCUGUCUGUCAGUAACUACAAAAGGAAAACCAUUCAUCAUUUCGUGUGUCAGCCAUGAAUAUUAAAUCAGGUUAAAUGGUUGUGAUCAUUUCAUUGCUGCAAGGUAAAUCAAACUCUUUGUAAAUUUGACAGAGAAGUUAAAUGUCUCUCGUUACCGAGUCUUUAAUUCUGUCUUCCUGCAGUUCCUUUAAAAAUAGAAAUUGUAAAAUUAUUAGUCUUGUUUUGUUUCAACGUAAUUCGAAUACAUGUAUAUUCUAUUCAGAUUAAUCUAGUGAUAGAUAGAGAUGAUAGAAAAAGAAACUCUGCAAAGAUUUUUUUAACUAAAAAAAAAAAUUGUUCCCAUGCAGACUUAUUGAACCAGUUAUUACUACACUGUAAUUCUGUUUAUAGUUGAAGGAGAGUGCUUCAUAAGUUUGUGUUUAAUACAAUCUUGUAAAUGUUUCAUGUUGUCUUUCAAACUAUAACUUUUUAUGUCUUUGUAAAGUUAUACUGCAGACGUGUUAGAAUGCUCUUAUAGACCUAAUCUGUGAUUAAUAAUGUAUAAAGCAUGUCAUUUUUUACAAUUGAUUAUACAGUAGUGGUUAGUAUAGUGAAGGAUCCAGAGCUUUGGUCAGUUUUUUAACGGUACAGAUCGUCACAAGCUAGUCAUUUGUUUCAUGUCAAUACAGAUCUCGGUCUGUAUUUUACUGAUGUAGAGUAUCUGGUAUUUAUUUUAACAAUCAUAAUGUAUUGAUCAUAUCUCUACCACCUAUUUAAUUUAAUACCUAAAACUAAUUCAUGUAUUUUUUUUUUUUUUGAGUGAUUUUUCCAUCAGUAUUAAUGCCGAACAAAUUGUACAUUUUAGAUUGAUAUUACUGUGUGUUCUGUUUUUGAAGAGAAUUCUUUUUUCAUUGAUAGCUUUUUGUAUAUGAAGGGUCCAAGUUGUCACAUGUGCUCUACUGCACUAAAACGGUCAAAAUUAGAAACUUUUGGAAUUGGAAUAAAUGCCAUAGAAAUGUCAUAGGUGUUCUCAUUUAAUUCAAAGAAUGGAAUUCUUACAGGUUUGCAAACAAAGAUAAAAUAUAGUUUCUGAUGAAUCACUUUAGAUAAAGAUGGAACCUUUUUAUUUCGGUUUGUACAAAUUGUAAAACAAUACUUGUUUUAUAAGAAUUGGCCUCGAGGUGAUUUAGGCAAGAGUUAUUUCCCUGUGGCCGCCAUAUUGUAGGUCAACAUCCCCAGAUCCCUUCAUUAUUCAACCAAGUUCAAUUUGUUAUACUGGGCACUGAGGUUAAUUAGAUAACACUGUUUUUCUUAUGAAUAUAUGUUUGUUAAAGCUUCUUUUAAUUCAUAAUUUCUAUAUUGUAAAUAUUUUUUCCCAUAUAUUUCUGGCAUGCAUGUUUAAAAUUGGUUUCUGAAAGAGGAAAAUUCACUACUUUGACCUACAAGAUGGCGGCCAAGGGGAAUAACUCUGAGGCAAAAACUAUCUAUUACAGGUUAUAGUUGCAUGUAAAAAUUGAGGACAAAAUGAGAGAUUAAGAUGAUUAUUGAAAAGCAAGUUUAAGAUUAUUUUGUGAUCAUUAAGAGGAGAACACAUAUUUGAAAUAAACCCAAGUCUAGUAUUUUUUUUCUGUAAACUUUAUAUUUUCCUUCUUGUAAAAUACUGUAUGCAGGGAAAUUUUAGCCACUGUUUUAUUUUCAGCCCUUUUGUGCUCAUCACAAGGCAAAUUUUCAAUGGGAAAAAUUCAAAGAGAACAGCAAUAUUUAUUUAACCCAUUUGUUUCUUGGUGAAUUUAAGACUGGGCAAAAUUUUGUUUGGAAGUGUGAAAGGGCAAAAAUAACCCCUAUAUACAGAAAAUUGUACAAUUAAAUCAAAUCUUUAAAGCAUUUCUUCCACAUUAAUUUUUUUCCCUUUUUUGGAGAGGUUUAUUCUGCAUAUUUAUAGGUCAGAUUUAUGGUGCAUUUUACACAGACUGCUCUCUUCAUGUUUAUGUGCACCUCUGGAAAGUCUUUUUUUGGUGUAAAUUCUAGUAAUUAUCAUACAAGUGAAUGAUGUACGUUAUGUAUUAGUAAAGAUGAUGAAGGCAUUUUGUACAACUGUAUGAAAGUCAUGAUUAUACAUUAAAUUUUCAGUUUCUAAUUGUGGAACAAUAUUGUAUAUCAUUUUAUUUGUUGAAUUAUCUGUGCUUUUAUUUGUAGGGCUGCUUGCCAUUGUCAUUAAAAGGGAAUUAUUAGUAAA